UAUGCGUGCUUUAUGUUAGAACUAUAGCCACCAAACUCAACUAAUUAUUUCAUCAUAUAUUCGUUCCAUUUUGUUGGUUUUUCAAAAAUGAGUUCAAUAAGCAAAUCUCCUUUGAAUAACAACAUGAUAAGUUUUGAGUCCUCAGAAGAGAGUAGUUGGACUAAAUACUUUGAGGAUUUCUUUAACAAUGAUCAUAAUAAUAUUGAUGGUGAUGAUCAUGAUGGUGGUUCCUCUACCUCUUCCCUUGUCUUUGAUGCUGCUGAAAAAAAAUUAAGUGAUCAUAGUGCACAAGGUGCCAUGGAGUAUAAUAAAAGAUUGAGUUUCAAGAAGAGGAAGAAAAUUAAAACUAGUUUGGUUGAUCAUGAUUUGGAAGAUACUGCAAGUUCUCCUAUCAAUAGCCCCAAGAUAUUCAAGGCAAAAGAGAAGGAAGAAAUAGACCAAUUUUAUGAGGAGAAAGGAAAUACCCAAAGAGAAAAAGAAGUAGAAUUUAAUGAAAGGGAUACUAGUAAUAAUGAGCAUUCGGAACUAAAUAAAAAAGGCUUUUGCUUAGUUCCUAUGUCUAUGGUAAUCAACUAUAUUUAGCUUGAUUAUAUCUGCUUAAUAAUUGUUUGUAAAACAGCAUAAUAAUCGUUUGUAAAACAAGAAAAACAAUUGCGCAUCCAGGGAAUCGAACCCUGGUCAGUACCGUGGGAGGGUACUAUGAUACCACUACACCAGAUGCGCUUCUUGAAUGUGGCUUUGAUAUUUUAUUUUAAAACCAAAUAAUGGCUUGAGUAUUCUAUAGAACUGAGAAGCUGCCCGUUAAAUUUUAAAUUAAAAAUUUGCUGUAAAUUAUAAUAAUAUUUGUUUGUUGAUAAAAAUAAUAUAUAAUAAAACUUGUAAUUGCGUUUA